GCGCGCAACAUGAGUAAUUUCAACGGUGCUGCACUCUGCGCGGAGGUGAGAUGAAGGAUGUGCAUUUUCUCCGAGUUUCUAGCAGACAGCAGAAGCGCUCUGACGUCAGUGCACGAUCGAGCCAAACGAUGUUGCGUUCAAUUAUGUUAAAUCGCAGCGUACAACAAGGCCUUGCAGCCUUUGCACGCCAAAAUGGGUUAGCACCGGCAGCGACUCAGGUUCGAUCUGUAGAAACUGCAGCGCAAGUAAAGGAUGGCGGCAAACUGGCGGAGACGGAAACUAAGAAAGUUCCUCGUCCUUACAGUCCAUUCCAGGAUACUAGCAACUGGGCAGAAUAUGCGGUGGCCCGUUUGGACGACCUGCUGAAUUGGGGUCGCAAAGGAUCGCUGUGGCCCAUGACUUUUGGCUUGGCUUGCUGUGCCGUUGAAAUGAUGCACAUAGCUGCCCCGCGAUACGAUAUGGACAGAUUUGGUGUGGUCUUCAGAGCUUCGCCUAGGCAAGUUGAUGUCAUGAUUGUCGCUGGGACUGUAACAAAUAAAAUGGCUCCAGCGUUGAGAAAAGUUUACGAUCAAAUGAUGGAACCACGCUGGGUUAUUUCUAUGGGCAGCUGUGCUAACGGUGGCGGAUAUUAUCACUACAGUUACUCGGUGGUCAGAGGCUGCGACAGAUUAAUUCCUGUUGACAUAUACGUACCUGGAUGUCCCCCAACCGCAGAAGCUUUGUUGUACGGCAUUCUGCAAUUACAGAAAAAAGUUAAACGUAUGAAGUCUCUCCAGGUCUGGUACAGAAAGUAAUUUGUGUAAAUGAAAUAAAAUGAAAUGGAAAUAAUUGAUAGUUGAUGGAGGAGAUAAUGUACUAGUGUAUAUAAAUUAUUAUGAAAUAAAGUAAUGAAAAUGAGAUUAAAAUAACAAGAUAGUUUUCUAACAACACUUACUAAUUCUGUUUAGAUUCUUUGUAUGGAAAUUUUGUCGCAAAACGCGUUAUUGGUGAAUUCUCAGUCAUGUUACGGAACAAUGUAUAUAACAAUAAAAAUAUUACACACACACACAUAUAUAUAUAAUAUAUACAUAAUAUAUGUCAAUACCGAAUAAUAACAAUUGGUUUUUAUUGAAAAAAUAAAUAGGUUUCUAUUUAAUAUGAAAGUAUAUAUUUGUAUGCGCGAGAAGUGAGCUGCGAAAAAAGUAAUUUAUGCAAAUCGAAAAUAUGAAAGUAAAAUACACUGCGUAGAAUAGAACGGAUUGUGCUAUCUUUGUCAAUUUUGAUUAUGUCACUCCCUGCCGACACGAUUAUAGGCGAUUUUUUAUUUUUUUUUUUGCCAACAUUUGAUAGAGCCUUGCAGUACAGAAUCCAAAGUAUAUGAAGAUAUAGUUUAUGUGUUUAAAACUAUCAUUUUUAUAUACUUUUAACGUGUUUUGGUUUCUAUAUCAGAGCUAGACAAAAAAUGCAAACAUUUUCUAGGAAUCAAAGCCACCACGUUAUUCCGGACAGAAACGUAAUUUUCAAACAAGUAAUGGGAAAGGACUCAAUACCUCAGAAUAAAACGAACUAUUUCGAGUAGUUAGUGUGUUACCUUUUUCUAAUAUUUAAAAAAUACAUACAAUUUGUGGUAAAACAGCCUGUACAAGAAUUUAAGAGUUCUGGUUUUCACAAUUUUUCCCCAACUCUCUCUCCCAGUCUCAUGCACUCACUAGUAUAUUUAUAACACUACGCCCUAUGUGUAAUCUAAAUCCAAGUGUCGCUGGGCUUCAUUUGAGAUUACAGAAAACUUCUGAAUGUUUUCUGUACUUUUUAUUUGUUUUUGUUUUUUGUUGUUUUAUUUUAAUCUAUAUACAAACGCAUCCUAAUAAAACAAACCUAACUCUUUGAUAUAGGAUUUCUCACAUUUACCAAAUUUUUGUAUUGAUUUCUGUUUCUCUCGCUCACUCUUUCUUUCGUGUAGAUACUAGUAUGUAUAACGUAUAUGUACAAUAGCACUCUCCCGGGAUGUUUAGAAGUAGUUAUCUUAAGUUUAAUAUUCCAUACGGUCAUAUCUAGGGGCGUAAUCGGAGAUAGA